AGCCUCACACGAGGGUGUGCUGAAAAGGUGUGCCAGGGUUGUGAAUUUCUCACUCUCUGCUGUUGAAAAAAUACUAAAUUAUCCCUUCUUGCAAUUUUCACGGCAGUUCUGUGUCCCAAUUAGAACGUGCUAUAUAGGCAAACAUUCCCAAGCAUCCCCUAUAUAAUUUUUGUCUGUUAAUUUUACCUUUAAACCAUUUUUUUCUGUGUUGUGUUGCCUACACUGCUGUGUGCAGAGACGCAUUCCCCCUCUAUCCACCCCCCAAAAAGAGAAGGUAGCAAUAAAAUCAAUAAGACAAAGUGGAUCACCUCACGAAUGCAUUAAUUAAUAAUUCAUCCAAGUUUUUUCCUUCCACCCUCCCAAUUGUCUCCCCAUCUUCCCCCCUUUUAGCGUAGCCACGCCAUCGCGGCGGCAAGAAAUGUGCUUUUUUACUGUUUGACCGUUGAAUUGGUGGCUCUCCUGUAAUCAUCCCUCCGCGGUAUCAAUGUAAGAGGGAGGCAAAAAAAGUAAUAAAAGAAUAAAAAGUCGUGAUCCGGGAGUUUUGUGGACAUUCUAACAUGGUGUGCAGUCAUCUAGUUGAACAACCGCCGCCGCCCCCAAGGAGACACCCAAAGCGCCAUAAUGCCGCAUUUUAAGCGUCGCUCAAAAAAACGCGCCCUCUACUAUCAUUCAUCUCCGCCCAAGGUUUUGGGCAUGAGUAUACAAUUGGCGGGAAAUGUGGGUCAGGAUCCACCUCCGAAAGAAGUUUUCAACAUAAAACCCUCAAAUAUUCGCAUUUGGAUCCAUGAUAAAGACAUACCGAAGCUGACAAAGGUCCUCUGGGCAGGGCAGGGGAUGAAGCUACGAUCGGAGAUUAGUACACAUCCCCGAAUGAGGAAGUUCCUUGAAUCAGUUCCCUACAUUCUGAAUGUGAUAAAAGAAAUCCACACAGCCUGUAUAGACAAUGAUGUGGAAUACCUGAUGAAACGUACGGCACAUCCAAUGCCGCCAAUUGUAUUAUCAACGAAAGACCAAAAUGGCCUUACAGCACUCCACAAAGCAGCUGGAUUGGCGCAUGUAAAGUGCGUGGAGUACCUGCUAUCGAUAUGGCCGGAAGCAGCCAUGGAUGUGGAUGACACGGGGAAGCUUCCACUGCAUUGGGCGGCGGCGGCGAAGAACAAUGAGCGCUCAUUCAAUCUGCUCGUACAAGCGGGCGCCGACGAAACGGCCACCGAUAACAAAAUGAAAGCGGCCGAAUACUACAAGCAGAGACCGCAAGAAAUGGACAAAUCCCUCUUGACCGUCAUCCCAGAAGCGCCCCGCAUUGCCCACACCAUGGUUCCGGACUUUGAUUGGAGCAUAAUUACGGAAGCAAGGAAGUGGGGAGGCAUUCAAACACGUGCAUCACUCAAAAAAUCGACAUCCCUUAUUUUGGAUACAGCCACCGAUAAAAGCACAGCUUUAGAUGGUAGACGCGGAGUGCUAUCUGAGAAAGCGUCAUUCAGUGUCAUUUCCAGGAAUGGUAGCCUCUCAUCCGAUAACAUCGACACCAACACAUCAGAUGAUCCAACGAAUGUCACCACACCGGAAACAGUGGAAGUUAAUGGAGUUAGAAGUGAGAGUGAGCUUCAGAGUGCUGCAAUCCCCGAAGAGGAUGAAAUGCCGGGGAAUUUGCACGAAGCCGCCGCCCGGACUGUUGCUUCUGUGGCUCCUUCUGCAAUUUUUGCAAGAAACACCGAAGCCAAUACCAAGAAGAGACCACCCACACCGCACUAUCGUGUUAUUGAGGACAAUUUUGCAAAUGGCAGCAGCAAUGCUGCCACAACGACUGAAAGUGAUGCCAAUGAGGGUGAAGAGGAGGAUGAAGCGCAAAAGGAUUUGGUUACUUCUCAGGAAAAUGACGAUGGCACCGCAGCCGAUGGGAUGACCAAUUCCCAGAACACUGAUACCCCCCUGACUGAGGUGGAAGCUGCUGGUGAGGAAGAAGAAGUUGCCAAGGAGGUGGAUGAUGCAGAUUUAGCUACUACUGAGGUGAAUGAGAAGGUUGACGAGGAGGAAAAUGAGAAGGUGAAUGAAGAUGAAAAGGUUGAGGAAAGUGAGGAAAAGUUGGAUGAAAAAUCCCUCGAAGGGACAGAAACUGAGACAAUCCUGGCAAGCGGUGAAGUGAACAACAAUGACGAAGGAAGUGAGAUGCCAAAUGAUGAAGAAAAAACCUCCAUGGAGGAAGAACAAUCACCCACACCUCCUGACCACACAAAAACGGACGAGGAAGCGGAAGAGAGUGUGGAAAAGGAAGCAUUGGAGGUGCAAGAAGAAGACGAGCUGCAGGAUGGUGAUAAAACACCAGGCGGCUCCACUGUGGCGGAUUCAAUUAACCGAGAGCCAAGUGCUGAGUAUGAUGAGGUCAGGGCAGUCAGUGGGGGAAAGACACCCGUGGCUGACGAGGAGCAGCAAGAGAAGAACGACGACCAACCGGGUGGGGUGAUGGAGAUUGAGGGCAUCGUCCAGGGUGAACCAGCAACUGGUCAGCAAUCCGAAGGUGGUAAUCUCGUGGAUGACGAUGAGGCUAAUCAAGAGCAAAUGGAGAAGAUCAAAUUGGCCAUUGAGGGUGGAGAUAUGGAGUACCUGGCAGCGGUUGUCUUGAAUGGCGAAGGGAGGAAAUUAAUGGGCCUCGAGACAAAACAAGCUGAAAUUCAGGCAUUUCUUGACAAUGUCCCUGCUUACAUGGGAAAAAUCCGUCGAGUUCAUACAGCUGCCAGAGAAGGCAACUUGAGGGAUCUUCAAUCAGCCCUCGAUAGACGCAAAUUUGCAAUAGCAAAAGACGAAAUUUCCCCCAAUGGUGCAACUCCUCUGCACGUGGCCACAGUCUUUGGGCAUACGGGCAUAAUAAGGUACUUAGCAGGUCGUUUCCCGGAAACAAUGACUGCUGUGGAUGAGCAGAAGAGGACUGCUCUGCACUAUGCUGCUACAAUUCACGACAAUGGGCACUUUUACAAUCUCCUCGUGCACAUGGGUGCUAAUCCAAAGGCUCAAGAUGAGGAGGGCAAUACAGCCGAAUUCUACAUGUUGCACGAUCGCUCGGAAAAUAUCCUCUCACACAAGAUGCUGCUGCGGAAUUUUGGUGUUCAGGAGGAAAUGGCAGAUGAGAUGUUGAAUGAUCAAGUCCCGGAUGAUGUCCAUAGCGCACGGCGUCUUCUCGACGAUGCGGAUAUUCUGUCAACGCUCGAACGAUGCUUCAAAGUGAUUCACGAUACGAGCAGGGCGUCCUCAAUUGCAGAAAUGCCAGCGAGGAAUUCCAUUCCGGGUAGUAGGACGUCUGCACGGGUAACGAUUGUUAGCAAUCUUGCACGCUUCCUCAAGCGCAACGUCUUUGAUGUGGUUAAGCUGCGUCAGACGAAGUUGGAUCACAAUCUCUUUGAUAUCAUCUGGCCGGCAAUGAAGAAAACCCACCAGAUGCGUUUGAUAGACGAUGAUGCCGAUGCAGGCGUAGUUAUCCCUGAUUUUGACUGCUACGUCGUAUUCAGGGAAUUUCUCGUGCCUCUCAUUAAGGAUAUUCACUGCUUGGAUGUGUCGCAGAAUUUAAAACCUCAUCCUACAAGUAGUUUCUUCCCGGCUGGCUUACAAGACAACACCGCGAUGGAGGCAAAGACUGAUGAGUCUAACUUGGAACCGGAAGCACUCAAGGAGAUCCAUCUGAAUCUCGAUCCUGCGGGAAAAUGGAUAAGAUCGACUUUAGUUGAGUGCUGCAGGAAUUUAGAAGUCUUCGAAUUGCCGCUCAAUCUAACCGUUGCACAACUGGAGCAUGUUGAGAGGAUUUUGACGGGACGACUGCUGAGUAGGGACUUCUCGGAGGCAAUUGGGGAGGAAACUCUUGGGCAGUACUACUCAAUGAAUGAAGUUCUGGAAAAUCCUUCGGAGAUCAGGACAAUGCUUUCAGCUUAUGGGCUCUUGAUACCAUUGUUAGACCCCGAGGAUUCGGGACAGUUGUCGGAGUCAAUGGCACGGAAUGGGCAGUACUGGCCGUAUGGACGUGGAGUCUAUGUUAGUGCUUCGAAUGAUUUUGUUGCCUGGAUCAAUUGUCAGGAGCACCUGCGAAUACUCUGUUGUACACAGAGUGAAGCAGUUGCUGAUAUUGGCAUUGCCUUCUCCAAGGUUGGUAGAGCUGUUCAAUUCCUUGAUGCAAUCAUCAACUUCCGCAACACCUACUACCUGGGAAAUCUAACUGCACGGCCUUCAUACCUGGGCACUGGACUCAGGCUGUCCUACAACAUCUCCCUGCCGCACCUGAUGAAGGAAAGCGACAACCUCCGACAUUUGUGCGCAACACGAAGUUUGCAAAUGUCCAGACCACGAACGCACCUACUGCAAUCUGGGAUGAUACGUCUGAGCAACAAACAGAGUCUUGGGCUAACGGAAUGGCGUCUCUUCAUUGACUUUUGCACAGCAGCAGCGAAUAUCCUGCAACUGGAGAAAGAUCUCUCGUUAACGAACACCAAGCACAUUGCCACGAUGUUCGUUAAUAUUUUCCGCAAGAAGAAGCAUAGUCUUGCCGAAGCUGCAGCCACCAACAACUGAAGCACCUUCCUGUCCGUUUUU